GGAACCACUGGGGGAGCGGGGUUCUUCCGGUUUUCUGCGCGCUCUGCGGGCUCGGCCGUCUCGCCGCGCCGCGCCACGCCACGCCGCCUCCUGUUGCGCUGCUCCCGCUCUUUUUUCUGCCCUUCUCACCGCUUCCCUCGCUCCACUCCGCGCCAGGUGAUGCCACUGCGAGGCUUCCCGGCCGUGGGGCCAUUGCUGGUGCUGGCGCUGGCGGCCUGCGCCGCGCGGGCCUCCGAGAUCACCUUCGAGCUACCCGACAACGCCAAGCAGUGCUUCUACGAGGAGAUCGCUCAGGGCACCAAAUGCACUCUUGAGUUCCAGGUGAUCACUGGAGGUCAUUAUGAUGUUGACUGUAGGUUGGAAGAUCCUGAUGGCACUGUGUUAUACAAAGAGAUGAAGAAACAAUAUGAUAGCUUUACGUUUACUGCAUCAAGAAAUGGUACAUACAAAUUCUGCUUCAGCAACGAAUUCUCUACUUUCACACACAAAACUGUGUACUUCGAUUUCCAGGUUGGAGAAGAUCCGCCACUGUUUCCUAGUGAGAACAGAGUAACUGCACUUACCCAGAUGGAGUCUGCCUGUGUUUCAAUUCAUGAAGCUUUGAAGUCAGUCAUUGAUUAUCAGACUCAUUUUCGCCUGAGGGAAGCGCAGGGCCGCAGCAGAGCAGAGGAUUUAAACACGAGGGUGGCCUUCUGGUCAGUAGGGGAAGCAAUCAUUCUUCUUGUCGUUAGCAUUGGGCAGGUAUUUCUUCUCAAAAGCUUCUUCUCAGAUAAAAGAACCACGACAACCCGUGUUGGAUCAUAACUGGCAGUGGUAAUGCUUCAGGUCAUUGUGUGCUACUCAUCUGUAAAAAUUACUGUUCUCCAAUUAAUUGCAGGUACAAAAGAUCUGAAUAUAUGCAACAUUCAAAUGUGUCUACCCCUUAUCCCUUAAAAAUCACAAAACACACUCAAAAUGUUAUGAAAGGGACACAUGUUUUCAAGUAUUUAAAAAAUGUUUGAAACUUAAGGUUUUUUUCUGAUUCUUGUAUUAAAUAGUUGGCAGUGACUAGACUUUCUUUAUUCCUACUGUUUUUAAUCCAAAUUGACUUUAACAAUAAGAUUAGCCAUCUGUAGUAGGACUCUAUAAAGUAACCCAACAGUUUAGUCUCUGAUAUGACAGCCAAUAUAUAUGAAAAUUUGACUGUAUUUUAAUGUUCAGUCUGAGUAUAUUGGAUUAGAGAAAGGUGAUGAACUGUAGUGCACUGUUUUGAUUUGCUGUUAAAAAAAAAUAAUCCAGUGAUACCCUUUGCUUCUUUAUAAAAUUGUUGUAAGCUUGACACUACAUCAUUGUGCAGAUUCUCCAUCAGCCUGGUAAGCCUCCACCUUGAAAACUUGCUAAAUUUUGUACUCGAGUAUGAUUGCUUAAACAUCCAUUGUUCUGUAUUAAAACAAAUGCAUUUCCUCUUUUACAAUGUCUGUUUUACUCACAAGUUGUAAGCUGAGACUACUCAGGAAAUCCACGUUCUGCAUAAAAGAAUCCAAAUCUCUAGUUUUAAAAAACAUGCAAUAAAAUAGGAAAUCUUACAACUUUGCCACUGAAACUGUACAGUUUCUGUACUCUAAUGUGCUGCUACUGCUUUCUGGAUUUAAGACCGGAAGAAACUUGGUUUGUCAAGCAGCACAGCACCAGCACUGAAUGAGGUUAUGUUAUGUGUUAGGCACAUGCAAAGCUUUUUACUUAAUUGUUUUCCUAGUAAGAGGCCAAUUUGAUAUUGAUACUGCUUUACACGAGUGCUGUAAAUUUUACUUUUCCUGUGUGUGGUGCACUGAUACUUGAUGGCCUUGUGCAUCUAAUUGCCACUCAUUUUUUGGCUAGUUGUCAGGAAAUAUUUUAAAUAUUUCAGGUUAUCUUUUUGGCAGAGUUGUAGUGACAUUACUUCCACUGCUCACAUCUUUAGUAGCUUAUGUGCUGUAAAGUCUCGUUUUAUUUGGAUGUGGAAGAUAGUAAAUGUCUGUACGUACAAGUAGCUUGAAUUGAGCUGGUCAUAAUAAGGCUAAACUUCAAAUGUCUCUGGAGGAAUAAAUAGACUGACCAACUUCUUAAGUGCACACAAACUAAAUUACAGUGAAAAAACUGUCAUAUAUGUUACCAGCUAAUUAAAAAGAUGUUUCUUAAAUAAUUUCUCAGCAAGCAGAGAAAAGAUGCUAAAUCCUUGUUAACUGCCUGUAUUAUUUCUAGCAAAAGUUUGAAAUUACAUGUGACACUUGAGCAGUCUGAAGAGUUGAUCUAAGAUGAUUUGAUUUUAAAACCUUGUGAUGGCUGAAAAAGGAAAUGCACAUCUACUCUCUGUUGUAAACUGAACAACUGCUGUUUUUGAAACUGAAGUAAAACCUCAAACAGCUCAACAAUUAUUUAAAACAUGGGGAUAUUAAAAAGCUUAAUGUAUAAUGCAGGAUUAUAUGUAAUGUUUUUCUAUCCUGUACUGAAUUUUAAAUGCUGCAGUCCCAUUUAAGGAUGCAGGCUUCCCAGAAAUAGUAGGGUUGACACUGAUUAGAAAGCAAAAAAACCCAAGGACUUUAUUCUUAAGAUAUAAAUCUGUGCCUGCACACAAUAUUCUUGAUUGUACCUAUAGGCUUUAUUCUUGUGUUUCAGCAACCAGUACUCAGUACUUCUUGUGCUGCCUUGCACACAAUAAUGAAGCAACUGGUACACUUUGGGUGCAAGUGUGGGAUGAAAGAUGAUUUAAUUUUGAUAUCUUCCACUGUCAUCUUCUGAAGUUUGAAUAUCACUUGUGUAGCUUUAAUCACAGCAGAAGAAUUUGCUUUAAAGUUUGAAUCACGUUGGGUUUUUUCCCACUGAGUUGUUCUCUUUGCUGUCAAAAUGGAUAAACAGCAGGAUAAAAGACGUAAUGGUUGACCGUCAUGCACACAUCUCUUUAUUCUUUCAUUGUGUUUGAAUAUGUGAAGUGGGACUGGUCAGCUCAAUAUUACUGCCACUGCAGGGGUUUAGUGGAGUUGACUUUUGCAUUGAAGUUAGAUAUCCAAACCAGUCCUCUGGUGUCCUGCUGCAUAAUGUGCAGCAAUAGCUUAAAAAUGCCUUUAUUUUUGUGUUAUUAAAACCAUGGCACAAAUACACGUUUAAACAUAGCUGUAUAUAGUUUUUAAAAUAAGUGACUGAAUAGGAUAUAAUAAAACACAUGCUAACACUCAGUGGGUGAAGAAAUGCGUUGUGAGUUUUAGUUAGAGCUGCAUCUUUAAUAUGUGGAAAGAAUAAUUUGUUUAACAGUGUGAUACACAGGUAAAUGGCCUGCAUUAAAGGGGAUAUAACUGUUUUUAAUUGCUAAAGGCCCUGGGUUUCAACUAUUCCUUAGAUGUUUUACGUUUACAAAACUUCUUUUCGUGUCCUGAAAUGUCAGUUCUUCCUUUAGUUUUUUUUGGGGGGGAAAGUUUAGUUUGAAAAAGACAAAAGCAGACCCUGUGAAUAUUGUAUGGGAAAAUAAAAAUUAAUAUAUGAA